AUCGCACACAGGAUCAUCAUGGCCACUGAUUUUGCCAAGAUCAUCGCAAUUACCAAUGUUCGGGUCUUUGAUGGCAAGAACAUCCAAGAUCCCAACACGCUCAUCAUCAACGGCGAUGUAAUCGGGCGCCCUGAUACAAUCCCCGAUGAAACCAUCGAUGCUGGCGGGCUGACACUGCUGCCAGGCCUGAUUGACGCACACGUCCAUCUGACCAGCCGAGAAGACCUCGUUCAAAUGGCCAAAUACGGCAUCACAACGGCCUUCGACAUGGCUACCUGGCCCGCGGAGCACCUCAGCUACCUCCGCAACCAAAAGGGCGUCACCGAUAUUCGCAGCUGCGGCCUCGCCGCUACAGCCCCAGGCAGCAUUCACAGCCGCAUGCCAACCAUACCCCAAGAGGCACUUGUCUCCACUCCUGACGACGCAGAGGAAUUCGUCGAGACGCAACUUGCCGAGGGUGCAGACUAUAUCAAGAUCAUCGCUGACGUGCCGGGACCAAGUCAGGAGUGCCUAGAUGCGUUGGUUAUAGCAGCUCACUGCCGGAACAGGAUUGUCAUUGCCCAUGCCGUGAGUCUCGAAGCAACUCGCAUGGCGCAGGCUGCGAACGCCGAUGUCAUUACCCAUGCUCCGCUCGACGGGGUUAUGGAUGAUGCAGAGGUACAGAAGAUGGUCCAGGAAGGCCGUCUCUCUAUCCCGACUUUGACCAUGAUGAAGCGCGUUUCGGUUAAAAGGGGGAAAUAUGCACACUGCCACGAUACAGUCGCUGCUCUGCAUCGUGCUGGUGUGCCUAUUCUGGCUGGGGCAGAUUCAAAUAGUGCUCCAGGUGUGCCUGCGCAUGUGGCCCAUGGCGUCAGUCUGCAUGAGGAGUUGGAGUUGCUUGUUAACUGUGGGCUGUCAAAUUGUGAUGCUCUUCGCGCAGCUACGGAGCUCCCGGCCAGUUAUUUCAGACUGCAUGAUCGGGGGGUCGUUCAAGUUGGUCGCAGGGCAGAUCUUGUCUUGGUUAGGGGGAAUCCACUGGAGGACAUCCGCGCAACUCGAAAUAUUGAGAGAAUCUGGAUUGCUGGGAAGGAAUUGGGUAUUGAGAGAUAAUUGAAUGCUUAACUUGCCGAUAUGCAAGCAUAUUUUCAUAUUUUGAUUCUCAACAGAACAAAAGGCAGGGCCCAUGGUCCGCAUUGAUUUCAUGGCGUCGUCAUUCUAGUUAAUCUAUAGCUAAGAGGUGUGCAAACACCUAAUGUCUAGCAAGCAGUGGUUGGUAUAUGCUCCACCGCACCAUCAAUAAAGUCCAAAACCAGGAUAUCAGAAGCGAGUUUAUCCUUGAC